AUUACAAACAUUCAUGACCAUUACCAACUGUCGAUACUCGUACUAAUUAUGUUGUGUCACGUAAUAGAACUGUCUGUGGCGCGUUAAGAGUUCUAGGAGUAGUUCACCUUGUCUAAAAAUUACCAUAGUCAUCAUAGGCUUACUAGGUUAACUAGGUAAGCCUAUUAUUAUGACAUAUACUAUUACUAUAAUACUACUAAUAACUAAUAAUAAUAAGUAAUAAUUAUAAUAAUUUAUAAUAAAUAUAACAAAGUACAAAGUGACACUAACACACUUACUUCGUCAGUGUCACACUUUGACUUUGUGAGUGAGUUGUCUUUACAAAAUUUACACUCCACUGAAAAUUGUAUACCAUUAUUGCCAUUAUAAUUAUAUGGCAUGGCAUAGGCAUAAGCUUUAUCAUUAUUCAUUAUGUUUGGUAAAUAGUUUUAAUUUUGUUGUAAAAAUAAAUUUUUCGACAACUGUCGUUAACAACACCUUAAUACAAAUAUGAUCAUAUUUUAAGAAAAAUAAUUGGUAAAUUUAUUAAUUCACACUUCAUGUGUUUUGUUUAGUUAAUCAUUGUAUUGUAAAAGUCUCCUCCAAAUUUGAUUGUUCCAAUCUUUAAUAAUAGCCAAAAAAAAUAAUAAAAUAAAAACAAAAUAGUUCAAGAAGAGUAAUAAUUUAAUCAUAGAUUUUAGAAUUAAUUACAAAGAUAAAUAAUGGGGGGGGGGGAAUAAAUCACUAAAAAGUUUAUAACGUUUCUCCUAUACUAUAAAUGAUAGAAAGUUAAUUGGUUUCAUUAGAGAGCUGAAAGUCAGUCUGUUCUAAUGAUAUGUUGUUUAUGUAUGUCAGAUGUAUUUGAGUUUGAGUGCCUAAAUUUUAGAUAUAAUUUAAAUAGUCACUAAUCACUUCUGGCGUGUGGUAGUAAUAGUUAUAAUUUAGAGUAGUAAUUUGUGAAUGCAAGUAGUAAUUAGGGCAAUACUUCUGAUACAAUUUUGAUAGAAUGGGACAAGAUAGGCCUCAAUCUCAAUCUGUUCUGAUUUUUUUUAAUAAAGCAUAGAAAAUCAGCACAUGAUAGAUCCCUACUAAGACAGAUUUAUAUAGACUAGUGGUUUUUUUAAAAUAAAACAAAUAUUUUUUUCUAAUGUUUCCUUAAAAAAUAUUUUAUUAUGAUGGUUGUUUUUUAAAGAAAUAUAUUUUUAAAAAUUUUAGUCAAAAAAAGUUAGCACUGUUGAAGCUUCUGAGUAAUGUUUAAAUUUAAUGAAUCCCAUACCAAAACUUUCCACCAUUUUAUUCUCGUUUCUUUUUUGCAGUUCACAUCAAACACAUACAAUGCUUGAUGCUGCUGUGUCAUUAGUAUUGCCCUGGAUGUUGAUGAUUGCCAAUGCAAGCAUGUAUUUUCUUACACUCUUUUUUGGCCUUCUCUCUGUGAUGUUGGCUGUGAUGAUGUACAGUUUUUCAGAAAAUCCCUGGGUACCAAUGUUCAAAGAGAUAACUUCUCCGGAGGAAAAUCAAUCUGAAAGAUGAUCAUGAAGUAAGGACACCUUUCUAAAUGUUUUGAAGUUUUAGAAAUUCUUUAUCCCUGAAAAAUUAUUACCAGUACUCAAUUAACAUCAUGGAUUGUAUGAUCAUUUGAACAUUUCUUACAUCACUAGUGCUUUUAGCUUUUUCUUUUAAUAUCUAUUUUCAAUAAGCUACUUACUUACCAGCUAGUCAGUAACUUUCAGUUAGAGUGAAAUUAUUAUUAUUACUAUGGUUUAUUUAAGCUUAUAGCAUAGAAAAGUAUGCAUGGAACUAUGCAUUCACCCUUGACAUUGUCAAUCUCAAUGAGAAUAUAAUUUAUAAUUGUUCUAUUCUGCAGGACAGUUGGAAAUGUUUCAAAACAUGUUUUAUGUGGAAACCGAUGGAUACAGCGAACAUUAAAAUUCAACCCGUAAGCUUAGUAGAGAAAAAUUUGGAAGUUAAUAAUGCUGUCCAUCUGCAAGCCAUUAACAUGGCUUGUAGUAUGAAUAUCAGAGAUCAAGGUAUUACAGUGGGCCUUAUGACUGAUCAGUGCUACGGCUCAGAGAGUUCUGGGGCUCUAGGAAAAAUCCUUCCUAUGAAAAAAAUUAAAAUUGAAGUUCCUUCACAGAAGGCAGUUUCAGAAGACAAUCUAGCUAUACUUCUAACAACACCACCAAAUCUGCCAGACAAAAGGAAUGCUUACAGAGGUCCAAAGAAAGCACUGACAUUGGGUGAAAGGAUGACUGUGAUAAAGCUAAAUGAAGAGGGUAAGAGUACAAGGCAAAUUGCACAGCUGCUUGGUGUUGGCCGCACACAAAUUCAAUUAACUUUAAAGAGAAAACAGGAAUACAUAAACAAUUUUAACCAGAAUGCACCAUUAGAGCAGCGUCGCCAGAUGAGAAAAACAGGAAAUGAAAGUGUCAAUGAGCUCUGUUGGCGAUGGUACCAAGAGAUGUCUAGAAGAAAUAUUAAAGUGAAUGGGCCAAUGCUGAAAGAAAGAGCACUGAAUUUUGCCACAGAAAGUGGCAUAAAGACUUUCAAGGCCUCUAAUGGUUGGUUGGAGUCAUUUGCGAGGAGACAUAAUAUAGUAUUUGGAAAGCCAGCUUCUGAGGGCAGCAGUGCAGAUCCAAGUGUAGUCAUUGAUUGGAAGAAAAAAGUAAAAUCUUUGUGUGAAGGGUAUGAAGACAAAGAUGUUUUCAACUUAGAUGAAACUGGCUUAUUCUUUCGAAUGACAGCUGAUAAGUCUUUCUAUGUUAAGGGUCAGCAGUGUCCAACAGGAAGUAAAGCAAUUGACAGACUGACAGUUAUGCUUUGCACAAACAUGCUCGGUGAAAAAGAAACUGCUGUGGUCAUUGGGAACAUGUCACUUUCAAAAAAUUUUAAAGACAUGAACAUACAACUUAUUCCAGUAGAUUUCAAAUUUUCCCAUAAAGCCUGGAUGAGCAGUGAUAUUUUUAUUGCUUGGCUCACAGGAUUCAAUAACAAAAUGGCGCUACAGCAACGCCAUGUUAUUCUUUUCCUAGACAAUGCCUAUUGCCAUCAGUUUCUGCAGCUUUCCAACAUCAAACUUCAGUAUCUGCCACCCAACAUCAGCAUUGUUUUGCAGCCUUUGCACCAGGGGGUGAUGCAAGACUUCAAAAGAGGCUUUCGUCGAAAACAGCUGUCUGCAUUGACAGGAGAAAUGGAGGCUCACCCCCAUGUUACAGCUAGUGAGCUUAUGAAAACUAGUGACAUUAUAGAUACCCUUUAUUGGAUAGCCUCUGCAUGGAAUGACAUCCCAGAGACAACCAUCAAGAGAUGCUUCUUUAGAUGUGGAUUUGGUAUGGUUUCAGAUUCCUCGAACAUUACUGAUGUUUUCAAUAGGAAUGAUCUGCUCAAUCCACCAGAGUUUGACAGAAUUUCUUCUGAGCUCAUAGGGGGUACAUUUACUGACUUGUGUGUUGUUGAUGAUAAUUUAGCAAUUUGUGAUAUGAAUGUGCACCACUGGGUGCAUCACUCUAGUGACUAUUCCAGCACAUACCAAGCAGUUGAACAGGAUAGGGACUCUGAAGAUGAUACUAUUGCAGUGGAUAUUAGAAGGAGGCCUACAUUUGCAGAUGCUAAUGAUGCUCUUCGAACAUUGUGCAAAUAUGCUCAAUGUCAAGGGCUGAAUCAAAUUGUUGAUCAAGUGUUUAUGAUACAGGAGAGUUUGGUGAUUGCAAAGUGUAAUCAGAGACAGCGAACAAUUGAUGAAUUCUUGAAAUCUUAUAUUUGAAAUCUUCCCCUAAAGAUUAAUUUCAUUAAUUUAAAUAUUGAUUGUUGUAUAUCUAUAUGUUAUUAAAAUUAUAUUUAGAAAUCUAUUUCUCUUUCCAUUAUUUUAUUUUUACAGAUCAUUUGCAUUGGGAUUAUAAAUUAUUUAAUAACUAUAAUAUAUUAUAAUUUCUUUGAAAUUGAUUAAUGUUUCUCUCAUAUUAUGAUAUUCUAAAAUGACAAAUUUAUUGUAUUACUGUAUUUAUGAAAAUUUAUUUUGAUGUGUUGAAGGCACAUCUCAGUAUUUUUUCAAUUUAUUAUUUUCAUCAUGAAUUACAGACCAUGAAAAUACAAGAAAUUUUUCAUGGGCACUUAGGUAGAAAUAAAAACGAUCAUCAACAUAGUAUUAGGCCUAUAUGUAAUAGUUUUUAAACCAAAUUGUCAAAUGAAAAAAUUGAAAUUAAUAAAAUAAUCUUAAAAUUGGCACUAUACAAAGUGUACAUAUUAGUAUUAGUCUGAAAAGAAUUUAUUGGAUUUGGUGAUUGUAUAAUUUAUAGCGGAUCAGGCUAAACAAAUCUUGCAAUCUCACACUUAGGAAUUUGAAGAUAGGACCUACAAAAUGUAAUUGAGAUUGUGUUAUGUGUUUGAGUAGACUAAUAAAAAAAAGAAAAAUAACAUCUUAUGUUUGGACAGAAGAGUGACAUUAUAAGAAAACACUGUCAGGUUCUCUUUUUUCAGGAUGAUCAUGUUGACAUCUUCCAUUAAAAGAUUUUUAAUACAGC